AUGACCCUCAAGGCUCAAGAUGUGAAGCACAUCAUCGCCUGGUUCAUUGGCGUGGUGCCAGUUUGCUUUUACACGGCGCUGAUGGUCGUUUGCAGGGUUCACCGGCGGCAGAUAGCCUUCGUCUGCGCCGCCGUCUCUGGGGUGACGUUUUUUGUGUGGUUUGUACUGAACUGUGCCUCCAUCGUUUUCGCCAUCAUCUUGGCGCGGUCCAACAUUAAUUCCGCGAAGCGUACGCGGGAGAAGAGCGACGUGUCGCCGCGGGGUGCUGAUCCGGUGCGUGAAAAUCCGCAGACGCAGCGUUUCACCAUCAAUGCGGAUGGGAGCCCCAUGAUCUCUCAGCAGUCAGAGGAUGAGGGCGUCUUGUCGAGCAUUCCCGACUCGAGCAAGGCCAACAUGACCGCUUUUGAAAACAGCUCCUGUUUAUCGAGCAUUCAGGAGAGCAGUUCGCGAGCUUCAGUAAACCCUUUGCACUCACCCUGGCAGGCUUCCCCUACCAUGAACAUUGGGCUUCAGGGAUCACCGCUGCCUCGUGGCGAGCUCGUCGUAGCGCCGCUGCGAGAGACGGGAAUGCUGUCGCCACCGUCAUUCCUUGAGCAUCUUUACACGAAGGAUGCGGCUCCAGUCAUGCCCGCGUGCCCACCUAUGAAGCCAAGCCACCUGCAGUCGUACACAACGCAAAACCUCGGCGCUGACAGAAACUUCAGCGGGCCCGGUGAGCAAGAGAAGUGCAUGCUGAAGGAUCAGGCGCUGUCGCUCGCAAAUAGGUUGCCCGCCUUCAUGCACGCUCCCACAGACGCCCGGCGCGCAUCGGCGCCCUCCACGAUCGCUUCCGUCCGCGUUGCCGACCCUUCCAAGCUCUUGCGUAUAGCUUUCAUGAUGCCUCUCGUCUCGUUGUACAUGACAAUCAUCAUCACUAUCUUCAUGCUCAUUGGCGCCCUCCUGUGCGUGUACGAUACUCAUUGCCUUUUCCUGGCAUCUCCUGUACUCGGGCUGCCGUGGUUAUGGGCAAACUUGUUGGUGAUAAGGAAAGCUUUCUAUAAUACUUCGUAUUUGCGGCACAGCUUUCACUGUCGCCUGGCGAGCGUCUUCACUCACUGGUUUUUCAUGUUGAUUGUCUACCUUCUCUCAGUUGGCGUGUUCGCCGCGGCGUGCGUGCUCGAAGUCAUGUAUUGGACCCCGUACAACAUCGACGGAGAGGCGACGCCAAAUGCGAUUCGUGUUGUGAGUUACUUCGCCCCGAUUUUAAUUAUGCUCAGCAUUGGUGUCUUUCUCAACAACCUCAAGGGAAUGCUCGGCAUCACGUGGGAAACCUACGAGAGCGAGAUGGUGGCCGACGAGGCGCCUGCGGCGACGGGGUACCCUAAAUCUCCACGAGAGCGUGUGGCGAUGCGAGACCUCUCGCCCAAGGUCGUGUCACAUGGCCGCGUCGGUCGGCCGUCGCCUUCUGCAGGUAUAGGAAGCGUUUCUGGCAACUCUUCCCUUCGCACCGCGGGUACCGUAUCGGCAGCAGCGGUGCACGCACGCCUGCAGCCCCCUGUUAUGUCCCCCAGCAUUCCCCAGACGCUGCCCGAAGAGACGUGCUCGACUCUGUCGUCGAUUGUGCGGUCUUUGGCGGUGGGCAGCAUUUUCAUUCCACAGAUCAACGCAGCGUCGUCCGCGAAGCUGUCAGUGAACAAGAAUCUCCUGCGCGGCUCCCACUCAAGCACUAAUGGAAGCUCUGACCACCACAACGGCUCUCAACCAGCGGUCUUCAUCUCCUCGGUCCCGCAGCUGAAGACGGUGACGAUGCUCUACGUGGUCUACCGCGACAUCUACGAUGACGAAGAAGCCGUGUCGAGUGUCUUCAACGCAUCCAACCAGAGGGGUGGCAUGGCUGCCACCCGCAACAAGCAGCAGACCGUGUCGGCCAACUUCGAGGCCGUGAUGGAAGCGCUCGAAGAUGCCAGAGGGCAAGACAGUGCUGACGCGAACUCCUACGUGCUCACAGCAUACGAGGAUGCGAUUUGCUUGGUGUGGGGACUCAUCCCCUUCAGCAGCGAGCCGGUGCUCUUGGCGAUCGAGAAAGCGCGUAAAAUCAUGGUGGCCUUCCAGAGUCGCCCGAAGCCGCCGACAAGUUUCAGCAAUGCGCGGCAGGAGUUGGUUGCGGCUGUGGUGUCAGCCCCACAUUCGCUUGUGGGCCUCGUAGGCUCUGGCUCCUGUCGUGGAAUCCACUUCUUCAACCCACGCCAGCACGAGCUGGGGGCGCAGAUGCUGCGCCGCGGUAUCGCCAUGCACCGCCGUCUCCCUUCCUUGCAGGCCUCCCUCGACGAGCCAAAGAACCCGUUUCACUGCAUCUUGCUGGAUGGGCGGUCGUGGAACAGCACGGCAAGUCAAAUCCUAGCACGCCCGUGUGGCAUCAGCGGGAGCGACGGACCUAACACAGCUGUGAAGCUGCCGAGGCAGAGAAGGCCGCUUCUCAACGUCUCUUCGAAGUCGACAAAAACGCAGUUUGUCAUUAUUUACAACUUCAUGGAGGUGCUGAAAGCCAUAGAGGAAGAGUGGCAUCUCGUGGUGCAGCGGCAGGAGCACCUCGGCUCGAAGUUCUGUUUCCUCUCCGAAGCAGUGCAGCUGCUCCACCAGGGUGACCAGAAUGGCGCACAGCAGGUGCUUAAGGGCGCAGUGCAGAGCAUGACCUCCAGCAGUGACGCCGACAACAUCACCAUCGCCAAGAUGCUGCUGGAAGAUUUGGAUGUCACAGAGGGAGGAGGCUCACCCACGAUGUAA